CCUCUUUCAAGUUACUCGUACGUCGGCAAGGUUAUAUAUUCACUUACGAUAAUAGUUUGUCACCGGUGUUUUCCGUGUGUCAUUCGCAUCGUAAAAUCUGUGAAGUAAAGGCUCCUUGAAAGACACGCAUGCGCAAAAUUGAUUGAACUACCAAAAACCCGAGUCAGAUUGUUUUGAGAAGUGUACUUUAUUCUGAGUAGAGUAGUUGACCGUGAUGGUGUGAUGUGCUGUGUUUAACGCGUUGCAUCGUUAUUAUUUAUUUUUCAUGUGCUUUGUGUCUGAAUUUAAAAUUAUUGUCUAUUGCACAAUAUUAAUAUUAUUUAUUUAAACAGUUUAUUUUUUAAUUUACUCGUCAGCAGUUGAAUUUCAACACCAGAUUAAAUUCCUCGCGGUAAAAAACGAGUAAACAAGUAAAAUAAUAAAAUACAAAUAAAUUCGGGACAAUUCAACCAAGCGUACACUUUUUUUUUUUCGUUUAAUUAUUAUUUAUUAUUGAGAUUGAGACAUAGAAACAUCGAAACUCUGUGAUUUUUAUUUGUUUACUAGCUCUAUCCAUUUUUUCGCUCAGUAACAUAAAAAAUUUUCUUAUUUGCUAGUUAUUGGGCUUAAAAUAAUUUUUUUUUUAUGUAUGUUCAAUUUUUAAAGUAUAAGGUUAGUUAUGAAUUAAGGAUUGGAACAAAAUUAAUCUCUACUUAGAUAUUUACCUGUAGAACCUUUGUGUAGUAUAACCUAACGACGCGAACAAAAGGAUCAUCAGUGAUUAUGUUAUUAGGUUGAUGAAAAAUCCAAGAUAUUUUCAACUCAUUCGGUUAGAUCGUUAGUACUUCAAUAAACAAAUAUUCAGCAUAAUAAAAAAUGUGGUCGACGCAAGGAAAUAAUAAUGUUUCAAACAACACAGUCACAAGCACGACAGCAGCUACGUCAAAUACGUCGCCAAAUUCGCGGUCACUUGGAAUGACAUCAGCUAUAAGUGUCGCUGAACCUAAACCAAGUGAUUUAGCGCGAACUAAUGAAUUAAGAGAAGCUCUUAAACCUUACAAUGUAUUCGAAUCCGAUGAAGAGCUGCACCAUCGAAUGGAAAUAUUGAGUAAAUUAAACGCACUGGUUAAACAAUGGAUCAAAGAGACGAGUGUUGCUAGAAAUAUGCCGCCAAAUAUUGCUGAAAAUGUUGGUGGUAAAAUUUACACUUUUGGGUCUUAUAGAUUAGGUGUACACCAUAAAGGUGCUGAUAUCGAUGCGCUGUGUGUUGUACCACGUCAUAUUUAUAGAUCAGAUUACUUUACCUCAUUUUUUGACUUACUUAAACAACAGAAGGAAGUUACUGAUUUAAGAGCUGUAGAAGAAGCUUUUGUACCAGUUAUUAAAAUGAACUUUGAUGGCAUCGAAAUCGAUAUGUUGUUUGCUAAAUUGGCGCUCAAAGAAAUACCAGAUACUAUGGAUUUGAGGGAUGAUAUGUUAUUGAAGAAUUUAGACCAGAAAUGUGUAAGAAGUCUUAACGGUUGUCGUGUUACAGAUGAAAUUCUGCGACUAGUUCCGAACAUAGAAAACUUCAGAUUAGCACUUCGUGCUAUCAAAUUAUGGGCAAAACGACAUGGAAUUUACAGUAAUGUCUUAGGAUAUCUUGGUGGUGUAUCUUGGGCGAUGCUUGUCGCAAGAACAUGUCAAUUAUAUCCAAAUGCAGUAGCAGCAACACUUAUUGAAAAAUUCUUUUUAGUAUUUUCACGGUGGCAGUGGCCGCAACCAGUAUUGCUUAAGCAACCUGACAAUGUUAAUUUUGGUUUUCCUGUUUGGGAUCCAAGGGUAAACAUAGCAGACCGACAUCAUUUAAUGCCCAUCAUAACUCCAGCGUAUCCUCAACAAAAUUCGACUUUUAACGUAUCUGUGUCGACAAGAACGAUAAUGCAGGAAGCAUUUGAAGCUGGUCUAUCGGCUACAGAACAAAUAAUCAUGGGAAAAGCAACGUGGGAUAAAUUAUUCGAGCCACCAAAUUUCUUUUGUAAAUACAAACAUUACAUUGUACUACUGGCAAAAAGUGCCAGCGCAGAAGAUCAACUCGAGUGGUGUGGACUUGUUGAAUCUAAAAUUCGUCAUUUAAUAGGUACAUUGGAGAGAAAUCAACACAUUACAUUGGCACACGUUAAUCCAGAAGGAUUUCCACCUUUGAAUCCUGAAGAAAGUCGCUAUUGUUCAAUGUGGUUCAUUGGAUUACUUUUCGCUAAGUCGGAAAAUCUCAAUGUCGAUCUCACUUAUGAUAUUAAAUCAUUUGUUGACUCAAUUGAGAAGCAAGCUGAACAAUUGAAUAUGUUGAAAGCCGGUAUGUUUAUAGAAGCAAAACACGUGAAACGAAAGGAAUUACAUCAUUAUGUAUCACCCAAGUUAUUGAAACGUGAACGAAAAGCAUUGUCGCAGAUCUCUGGUGCCCGGAAUGGUAAUAUAAGUGGAAUAUCUCCAAGAAGUCAAGAGCUCUUGAAGAAACGUCGUUCUGAUCCAAAUGCUGACUCGGAAGGAAAGAAACGCCGUAUCGUCGAUGGUGAACAACCUAUGUCUCAAGGAGAUGAUAGCAACUCGCUGGUUGACGGCUGUGAUGACAGUAAUUCUGGAUUUAGUUUGGACGAAUAUAAGCAAAGUUUGUCAACAGGAAAGGAUGAAACAUCAAACUCUGGUUCAACUACGUCAACAUCUUCAGCAACUCCAGCAGCAACAAAGCCGCCGGUAGUUCAAGAAGUAUGUACUUGACCACAGCGUGACUGUCGUAUUGAAAAAAAAAACCGUCAAUCCUCGGAUUCUUGUCCAGGUUAUUUAGACUAUAAACCAUCACUCUCAAGCCACUGUCCACUGCCCACUUCAUGAAUUCUUCAAAAAAGUUG